UUGCAAGAGCUAAUUCAGGCUAUUCGCAGUACACCAGCACCCGAAACUUCCUUCGCUACUACUACUCCAGCUUCCACCGUUGAGACUGUCGCAACUAUCCGUAGUACUCCAGCCCCGGAGACCAAUUUUGCCACAAAAACUCCUGCAUCAGCAGUUGAAGUUACCAUUCGUAGUGCUCCGGCUCCCGAAGCUGCUUUUGCUACGACCACUCCUGGCUCCGCAGUGGAAACUGUUGGAACGAUCCGCAGUACGCCAGCUCCCGAAUCUGAUUUUGCUACUAAAACUCCAGGAUCUCUUGUUGAAAAUAUUGCAGCGAUUCGAAGCACUCCAGCUCCCGAAACAGCUUUCGCUACGACCACUCCCGGUACAGCAGUAGAGGCCGUUGGAGUAUGA